UUUAUUGAUCAAAAGCAGGGCAUUCCCUUAGCUGUGAGGGGGCUGAAAUAAUGUGACUUUUAUGCGAGUUGUGCGCUCUCAUGUCACUGUGACUUCCUUCUUCAGAGAGGAUCAUUGAAAGAUCAGGCCCCCUUAAGACACUGUGAAGCCACGGGCUGUCGUGAUGUCGGAGCCCAAGGCACCCACCCCAGCCCCAGGAGACAUGUACAAAGGCUGGCUCUUCAAAUGGACUAAUUACAUCAAGGGAUACCAAAGGCGAUGGUUUGUCCUGAGCAAUGGUUUGCUGUCUUACUACAGGACCCAGGCGGAGAUGGGUCACACAUGCCGGGGCACCAUCAACCUGGCCACGGCCAACAUUGCGGUGGAGGACUCAUGCAACUUUGUAAUUUCUAAUGGUGGUGCGCAGACGUACCAUCUGAAAGCCAGCUCAGAGGUGGAGCGCCAGCGCUGGAUCACCGCACUAGAACUGGCCAAAGCCAAAGCUGUCCGCAUGCAGGCGGAAUCGGAUGACUCUGAAACCGAGGGCCUGACCACUUCACCAGCGUCAGGGCAGGGUGGAGGUUCACGCAACUCGGAAGUUCAGUCCACCCUCCGAACUCUGGGCAGCAAGGUGGAGGAUCUUAGCACUUGUAACGACCUCAUCGCCAAACACGGCUCUGCUCUUCAGCGGUCCUUGUCUGAGCUUGAAGGCAUUCGACUGGGAGGAGAAGCGAGUGAGAAGAUUCGGCAGGUGACGGAGAGAGCCACGCUCUUCCGCAUCACCUCCAACGCCAUGAUCAAUGCGUGCCGGGACUUCCUAGCAUUGGCUCAGGCUCACAGUAAGCGCUGGCAGAAAGCACUGCAGGCCGAGCGAGAGCAAAGAGUGAGAUUAGAAGAAACGCUGGAGCAGCUCGCCAAACAACACAACCAUCUUGAGAGAGCCUUCAGAGGAGCUACUGUACUGCCUCCUUCCCAGAGCAACCCUGCCAUUGACAGUAAAGGCUCGGUUCCAGUAAAGGGUGACGCCAGCGACGAGGAUGAGGAGAACGAGUUUUUCGACGCAUGCGAGGAUGUUCAAGAGUUCAUCACUGUACCAGCAGAUCCCAAAUAUCACAGGAGAUCCGGCAGUAACGUCAGCGGAAUCAGCAGCGAGCUGGGAAUGGAUGACGGAACCACAUCGCUGGAUGAGCAGUCCCUAGCAUCCAAUCCCGAGUCCCCGCAGUCCCAGGAGCUGGUGCCUAUGAAGAAGAGACGGUCCCGCAUCCCAGAUAAACCAAAUUACUCGCUCAAUCUGUGGAGCAUCAUGAAGAACUGUAUCGGAAAAGAGCUCUCCAAAAUCCCAAUGCCUGUGAACUUCAACGAGCCCCUGUCCAUGUUGCAGCGUCUCUCAGAAGAUCUCGAGUACUAUGAACUGCUGGAUCGGGCCGCCAAGUGCCAGAGCUCUCUGGAGCAGAUGUGCUACGUGGCAGCUUUCACCGUUUCCUCUUACUCCACUACAGUUCACCGUACGGGCAAACCCUUCAACCCUCUGCUGGGAGAGACCUUUGAGCUGGACCGCAUUCCAGAGUGCGGCUACAGGUCCCUCUGCGAGCAGGUGAGUCAUCAUCCUCCGGCUGCGGCCCAUCACGCAAUCUCCGAGCGAGGCUGGACACUGAGCCAGGAGAUUGCCCUGGCCAGCAAGUUCAGGGGCAAAUACCUCUCCAUUAUGCCUCUUGGUUCAAUUCAUUGUAUGUUUGAGAAGAGUAACAAUCACUACACCUGGAAGAAAGUCACAACCACAGUGCACAAUAUCAUUGUUGGGAAACUAUGGAUAGAUCAGUCAGGAGAAAUAGACGUUGUGAACCACAGAACGGGCGACCGGUGUCACCUCAAAUUCGCUCCGUAUAGCUACUUUUCCAGAGACGUAGCCAGAAAGGUCACAGGUGUGGUAACAGAUAAGGAUGACAAGGCACACUACGUUCUGUCUGGGACGUGGGAUGAGAAGAUGGAGUGCUCGCGUGUCAUGCAAAGCAGCAGAGGCGGGGAGAACGGUGCAGAGGGCCGACAAAAAACAGUCUAUCAGACGCUUAAAGCCAAAGAGCUGUGGAGGAAAAAUCCUUUGCCGGAGGGUGCAGAUAACAUGUACUACUUUUCUUCGCUGGCACUGACGCUGAACGAGUCGGAGGAUGGCGUGGCUCCCACGGACAGCAGAAGACGGCCGGACCAGCGCUUGAUGGAACAGGGUCGCUGGGAGGAGGCCAACGCUGAGAAACAGCGGCUAGAGGAGAAACAGCGCACCACUCGCAGAGAGAGGGAGAGAGAGGCCAGCCGAACCGCCAAUCCUUCAGAGGAGGCUCUCAUUGAGGAUUCAAUAUCUGACUCGCCUUUCAAAACUGAUGAAGUCGAGAUUGCCAGCGAGCCCUCUGAGACCACUUUCAAAACUGAAACACUGCACGGGUGUCACCCACCAGAGUACUCAAGUGUUCACCAGGACAGCUACAAGGCAAUGUGGUUCGAGCGGCAGGUGGAUCAGGCGACGGGGGAACCCACACACAUCUACAAAGGGGGAUACUGGGAAACCAAGGAGCAAGGCAACUGGGAAUGCUGCCCGGAUAUCUUCUAAUCUAAAUCACGCACACCACCCCUUCGCCAGGAAAGUGAACUAAACCCCCCCAGAUAACAAACACAAGCCCAGAUAAACUUGAACACGCUCUCCGCUUCUCCACCUGUGCUGCACUUAGUGGACAAUGAGGGACAACAUUUGGGAACGUGAUCCCACUUCUGUUUUCUCUUGUGUAUUCGCAGAAUAAUUAAGACAGAGGUUUUCUGGUUUUGUUGGUAGCGUUAGAAAAGUGUAUCCUAGCAUCACAUCCCUGUCCCAGACUCCUCCAAAAGCUCUGGACCUGUUCUCUUACAUCUAUGGGGGGCAUUUUCAAAAUGAAGGGAUUCUGAGGCGAGACUCUGAGUGAGUUCAGACAAGCGCCGUAGAGCUCUUACCUUUCAUUGCGUGUGCUUGUGCGAGAGAGAACUAGCGGUUUUCUUAGAUGAUGUUGUUCGCCUUGGUUUGUGGACUAAAAAAAUUGACAUUUAUUGACGUUCCUGUUUCAGACCUCUGUGUUGGUAUUUCACCUAUUAAAUAGAUGAAGGGUUUUCACAUCUGGAUAUUCCUCAGUUAUGUGCUUGAAAAGAGUCUGAAUAUCUUCCUGAUCUCUAACUAACACCCACUGAAAUCAUUCUAAACAACUAACAACUGCCCAGUGAGUAAUUGUGGUCUCCAGAUCUGUGUUUUGUGUUAUGCUGAUCUGAGACCUGGUGUUGAUGCUCACAUGAGGUUGUGUUAUCUAAAGGAACGUAGCCAGAGGAAAAUGAAGGAUGAUUAUUGGCUUUAUGAAUCUCCAGAAACCAUGUUGCUUUUCUUGAUUUUAGUUUGGGUGUUUAAAACAUAGUCACAUUGCACACAUCACCACAGGAACCACCUGUUUGUUGAUGUCAUCAUAAACUGUAUCCUCGCUUUUCAGAAAAGCAUCUUGGAUCUGCCCUGCUGGCCUUUCAACACUGGCAGUAAGAUAAAGAAACUAUGUCCACAAACUGAGGCGAACAAACGUGUGAGUGUUUGUAUGUAAGUGAGGUCAAGAGAGGACUUCAAAAUAUGUUUGUUUGUGUGUGUGUGUGCGUGUGCGUGUGCGUGCGUGCGUGUGCGCGUGCGUGCGUGUACAGUAUGUGUGUUAAUGAGUGAUGUAUUUGAGGUUUAUUGUAUAUUCCAGUGAAACGAAAAGAAAAAUCACAUUUUAUUUUCAAGUGUACUUAAACACACGCGUGGAAAAAAACAAUACAGCAAUGCAAAAUCAUUGCAGAUGUUUUUGUGUGUAUAUAUAUAUAUAUAUAUAUCAAAUAAUGAAGUAAAAAUAUUCAUACUAUUAAUAAUAAUUCUUCUUAUGCUGACACUGACAGCUAGAGUUAUAAUGAUGGUAAUUGAUGUAGUUUUGAGGGUUGAACACAAUUAUUUAGACUUUUUAAUUUUUUUCAUGGUGUCUGUUUGAUGUGAAGAAACUAGGAAGCGUUCACUUUUCUCCCCAUAUCAAAAAUAAUCUGUCCUGGCUCUGACUAAUGGAAAUUUUAUAAAUAUGUAUAUCUAUCCCUUCAUUCCAUGAAUUCACACUCUUACUCUUGGAUACCAUAAUUUCAUAAUAUAUUUUUUUUCUUUUGAGAAACUGUAAAACAUUUUCUUUCCCACGUGACCGUAAUUCCACAAGUUUUCCUUAUUGCGUCUAGUUUUCUUUGUCCUUUUCCAUCGUUUGUGUCUCUCUCUUGGCCUCUGAUCAUUGUGUAUUGGCACAGAAUUGCUCUGGACUGUCGUCCUGGUGCAGACUGAUGAUGUAAUAAAAGCUGGUUUGGAAAAGGAAAAUAAUCAAACACACAACA